GUGACCUUUAAAUGUUGCUUAUUAGGAAGAAGAGCAGCUGUACUUGGCACCUUCCACCACAAGAACGAGAUUCUUCCUUAGCUUUAGUUUCAACGUCGGUUAGAAAUGGGGCUGAGGAUAGUGCUGGAGCUGUUCUGAAAGUAUCAUAACUGGUCAAUGCUGUAACUGGGACUGACACGCGUGACAUCUUGGAAUGAAACAGAGGCUCCAGAAUUUGACAACUUCCGCUUCGUGUCGGCACGCGACUGUGAGUUAGUACGAAGUGGAAUAAGAUAUGAAUUUGGCAAUGACAGCUGGUGAAUAACUAACGAUAAUAGUGUACGUCUUUGGAAAGUUGAUGUACAUCUACAGUUGCGAUGCAAUAUAAACCAUUCUUAGCCGCUUUCGUGGCUGUACUGGUGAUGUAUCUAGCUGAUACCAUCAGCCCACAAGAUGAGAGAGGCACAGAACAGCAAAGGAGAGAGUCCCAUAGGGCCAAACGAGCCAUCGCACCGCCCCAACCCGCACCAUUCACUACACUGACCCCAGCUCCUGUAACAGUAGCGGAGGUGAACACUACGGCAAAUGGCACCAAUGGAACUGCUUUGAAUCUCACAACAUCGACAACACCUUUGCCGAAAAGUACCGAGCCGUCCCCUGAGGGGGACCUACCCAAGAAAGGGGCAGCGGAGGAGGAACACAGUAGCAGUCUCACCAUCUUCUUUGUGCUGCUCAUCGUGGCCAUCAGUAUUCUGCUGACCCACAUGCUGAUCCAGACCAAGUUCUACUACCUGCCUGAGAGCAUCGCUAUUGUCCUUGUUGGUGCCUUGAUUGGUCUCAUCCUCAAACUUUUCCAUUUUGGAAAUUGGAAGAAUGAAGAAGCCUUCAGCCCAACCAUCUUUUUCAUCGUGCUUCUACCACCCAUCAUCUUUGAAUCUGGCUACAACUUACAUAAGGGUAAUUUCUUCCAGAAUAUUGGUUCCAUCCUGGUGUUUGCUGUGUUUGGAACAGCGAUAUCGGCUGUCAUUGUUGGAGGGGGCAUCUACCUUCUGGGACAGGCAGAUGUGGCGUUCAAGUUGGACAUCAUCGAGAGUUUUGCGUUUGGGUCCCUGAUCUCGGCUGUGGACCCGGUGGCUACCCUUGCUAUCUUCCAUGCCCUGGAUGUGGACCCCAUUCUGUACAUGCUGGUGUUUGGCGAGAGUGUGCUCAAUGAUGCAGUUUCCAUCGUGCUGACAACCACUAUCGUAGAAUUCGCGGCCCCUGGUACGGUGGUGACCAGCGGGGCGGCUGCCUUCUUCCAAGCUGUCGGCAGAUUCUGUCUCAUGUUCUUUGCAUCGUCUGCCAUUGGGGUGGCAUGUGGCCUUGUCAGUGCAAUGUUACUCAAGUUUGUUGAUCUACACAAGACGCCCUCCUUGGAGUUUGGGAUGAUGUUUAUAUUUUCUUAUUUGCCAUAUGGCUUGGCCGAGGGCAUCCAUCUAUCAGGUAUCAUGGCCAUCUUGUUCUGUGGAAUUGUCAUGUCACACUACACCCAUAACAACCUGUCAGCCGUCACGCAGAUCACCGUGCAGCAGACAUUCCGUACCAUAGCCUUUAUAGCAGAAACGUGUGUGUUUGCCUAUCUUGGGUUAGCCAUUUUCAGUUUUAAAGUCAACGUGAAGCCAGCAUUUGUCAUAUGGAGUAUAGUAUUGAUAUUGGUGGGAAGAGCUUUCAAUAUUUUUCCACUGUCUUUCCUUGUUAACUUCUUCCGUGAGCACAAGAUCACACGCAAGAUGCAGUUCAUUAUGUGGUUCAGUGGUCUGAGGGGUGCCAUUGCCUUUGCCCUGAGCCUCCAUCUGGACUUUGAGGGUGAAAAACGUUAUGUCCUGGUGACUACAACCCUCAUCAUUGUCUUGUUUACGAUCAUGUUCCUAGGGGGCGCCACCAUGCCACUGAUGAAGGUGAGUUGUUACUCAUCACGUGACAUGGGUGUUGUGGAGGUAGCAUGUAUGUUACUCAUCACAUGACAUGGGUGUUGUGCAGGUAGCAUGUAUGUUACUCAUCAC